AUGACAGACCAUCAGCCAAACCCUUCGCUCUCCUCUCCUAAUCCCCCUAGUGGGAAACAAACCCCUGCUGCUGCUGCUGCUGCGGCAGCAGCAGCAGCAGCAGACGCUGCAGCAGGUCCAGCAGCACAAAGUUCAGCAGCAACACCAGGAGCAGAUCGAGCAGCAGCAGACUCCGGUAAAGCAGCAGCAGCAGCAGGUGCUGCUGCAGCAGCAGAAACAGCAGCAGCAGCAGCAGCAGAAACAGCAGCAGCAGCAGCAGCAGCAGAGGAUCCAGAUGCUGCAGUAAUUGAAUUUCAUAAGAUAGUGCGCAGCAAAGAUGUUGCUGCUGCAGCAGCAAAACUUACAAACCCUAAACACUCAUGGCUUGUUAAUGCUGUUGAUGCUCAUAGAAGGACUGCUUUACAUCUCGCGGCUUUUGAUGGUAGUAAAGAAAUGGUGCUGCUGCUGCUGCGGCAAGGAGCAGCAAUUAAAACCCCAGCAAAGGAUAACAUGACGGCAUUACAUUUUGCUGCACAAAAAGGCAAUGAAGAUAUUGUUGAGCUCUUAAUAUUAAAAGGUGCAUCUAUAGAUGCAAAAUUAUCACGAGGAGGAAGAACACCUCUGCAUUUAGCUUGUAAAUCUAAACACUACAAGACUGCAAUUAAAUUAUUAGAAUAUGGAGCAAAUAUAGAGGCAAAGACAACACAAGGAGAAAGUGUCUUAGAUUGGGUAAACCCUGAUGUUGCUGAGCUACUCAAGACAGCAGCAGCAGCAGCAGUAAAUAGGAGACCAAGACCUAAACCAGCAGCAGCAGCAGCAGCAGCAGCAGCAGCAGCAGCAACAGAAGCAACUGCAGCAGCUGAGUCUGCAGCAGCACCAGCAACAGCAGCAGCAGCUGAACCUGCAGCAGCAGCAGCAGCAGCAGCAGCAGCACCAGGAGAAAAGAUGAACAGGAAGAGACGGAGGGAGUUGGAAAGAAGCCAGAAGGCGGCCGCAGCAGCAGCUGCUGCUGCACCUGCUGCUGCAGAUUCUGCUGCUGCUGCUCCUGCUGCUGAUGAUGAUGGUGCAGCAGCAGCAGCAGCAGCAGCAGCAGCAGCAAAGAAGCCCAAGGUUGUAUUAACAGUUGUGCAAGAAGAGGAAGAAGAAAAAGAUGCAUAA